AUGAGACAAGAGAUUUCUGCAUUCCGACAAGGGGACUCCGAGACACUCUUUGAGGCACAUGAGAGAUUCAAGGAUCUCCUACGCAAGUGUCCCCAUCAUGGUUUUUCCUCAUGGAUGAGGAUCCAGAUGCUUUGCAAUGGCCUGAAUUAUGCAACCAGACAGCUCAUCGAUGCUGUAGCAGGGGGGUCAUUGAGUAGUAAAUCCCCUGAGGAAGCUGAAAUCUUGAUUGAAAACAUGGCAAUUUUGUCUUGCGAGACUUGUGGGGCCGGGCAUGCUACUGUUCAGUGCCCAAUUUCAAUAGCCUUAGAUGCCCCAGUUGAGACAGUUGAUUAUGUUGGGGGAGCUCCCAGAGGCCAGGGGAAUCCUUAUGGAAACACAUAUAAUCCGCGGUGGAGGAAUCACCCAAAUUUUUCUUGGGGUCAACAACAGCAACAUCGGCCCCCGCAGCCACAGGGACUUCCACCUCAACCUCUUCAGCAGCCCGAGAAGAAGUUCACCACUGAAGAUGUGUUAGCAAGGUUUAUGAUCCAUACCGAGGCAAAAUUUGUGAACAUCAACAACCAAUUCGCUGAAGUAAACACUGUUUUGAGGAAUGUUCAAGCCUCCAUUCCAUUAUUGGAAAACCAGGUGGGGCAACUUGCUAGGGCAAACUCGGAGCGACCGCCGGGUAGCUUACCUAGUAACACUGAAAAUAAUCCAAGGGAGCAUUUGAAAGCCGUCACUCUCAGGAGCGGGAAACAGGUUGAAGCACGAGCCGAGGAGGGCUCAAGCACUAAACAUAAUGGGGUAGCCGCACGGGAAGACCCUAAGCCAUCUGAGACUGAACUUGAAGGGGUAAAGGAAAAACAAGAUGAAGGAACCAUUCAACUACCAACACCAAGGAUACCCGAGUACAAGCCGGUGAUCCCCUAUCCGGCUAGGUUGAGGCAAGAUAAGGACGAGGCUUAA